UUCGGCUGACGCGCAGCGCUGGGUUGUGAUUGGGCAGAGGGCGCGUCAGUCAGGGCGCUCGGUGCCCUCAGGCGGAAGCGUCUCGCCCCGGAGCGGGCACUCAGGAGCAGCUGUUGAUGGAAGAGUCGGGGACAGAGCGCUGGGACAGCGGGGCAGCCUGAGCCGUGCCCGGGGCACUGCGCCGUUCCCAGGCCACUGUGGGCUGUGCCCAGGACUCUGGGCCAUUCCCAGGCCACUGUGGGCCGUGCCCAGGGCACAGUGGGCCGUGCCCAGGGCUGUGAGCUGAGGCCAUGGCAGGGUUCCUGGACAAUUUCCGCUGGCCGGAGUGCGAGUGCAUCGACUGGAGCGAGCGCCGCAACGCCGUCGCCUCCAUCGUGGCCGGGGUGCUGUUUUUCACAGGCUGGUGGAUCAUGAUUGAUGCUGCUGUGGUGUAUCCCAAGCCGGAGCAGCUGAACCACGCCUUCCACACCUGCGGGGUCUUCUCCACUCUGGCCUUCUUCAUGAUAAAUGCUGUAUCAAAUGCACAGGUGAGAGGAGACAGCUACAGUGAUGGAUGCUUAGGAAGAACAGGGGCUCGGAUCUGGCUCUUCAUCGGCUUCAUGUUGAUGUUUGGCUCCCUCAUUGCUUCCAUGUGGAUUCUCUUUGGAGCAUAUGUCACACAGAACACUAAUGUGUACCCUGGAUUAGCAGUGUUUUUCCAGAAUGCAUUAAUAUUUUUCAGCACCCUGAUCUACAAGUUUGGGAGAACAGAAGAGCUGUGGGGCUGAGCUCCCUGCUGCACAGCUGCACAGCUGCCCCGUGGUUCUUGUCUGUAGAUAAUUCCCAGUCCUUUGUCCUUGGUUUGCUUCCCAGCCUGGUGGGACUGAGACGAUUCCAGGCUCUGUCCGAAGCUCCUCCUGUGCCAGGACACACGUGGGAAUAUGUCCCAGACAGGACAGGAUCUGUCAUUUCCAAGGGAAGGGCAGGCUGCCAGGCUUUCCUGCUCCAGCUCCAGCUCCAAAUUUCUCCUGCAGAUCCCUGCCUUCCCUCAGCUUCCUCCUGCACAGCUCCACCCGUGCCCGAGGCUUCCGUGAGCAGUUAGUGAGCAAACAGGACAGAGCCCAUCCCACAGCAGGGGCCCUGCUGGGAUCAGAGCUGAUUUUAAACAUUUUAUAUUAUUGUUCAGGUAAAAAAUAAAGUAGAUUUUUUUUUCUUCUUCUUUUGGUAAAAGGUUUUGGGUUUUUAAGCAAGUCCCUACACUCAGCAGGUUGUGCAUGGCAAAGCAAAGUAUUCCUGACUUGUGAUGGCUCUGGCACAAAGGACAUUUGCUGGCACCACAGUCCUUGGAAUUAAUUUCAUGCUGCUCAGUGUAAGAGAUACCAGUUGGUAUUUAAUGUAUUUCCUGAUAUUAGAAUAAAAAAAACUCCAACAAACUGAUGCCAGUUGUACUUGAUACAGAGAAUAAAGUCAGAGCAAUGUCUUGCUACUCAUGCAAGUGUCACUGUCUCCAGGGGAAGCUGCUUGCUGAUAAAUGAGUUUUCCUGACCUGUUCCCUCUCUGCUUAAAAGGAAGUGGGGUAUGGAUGGAUUUAUUGCUCACAGUCCAACCUUGUCAUAAUUUCAAAUUUCAAUAAAUUCUAGGAGUGACUCACACCCAGUUUAAGGGCUGCUAUUGCCCCAGUUAAAAUGUAUUUCUCUCUUACAUUUGGUGGCUGUUUCCAUGAAUGAAUUCUUGAAAUCCAGUUUCAUCUCAGUGGAGUGAAACAGGAAGUGAGGCUGAGGCUGUUUGAUAUCCCUGGAGUGUCCCUUGGAUCCCUUUGCUGGGGUGAGUCCUCACGAGUUCUCUGGGGUUUUUACAUCAUUUUACAGCUCCCCCAUCUCCAAGCUGCUGCCUCAGUGGUGGCAGGAGCUGAGUGGAAAUGCUGUGCUGGGAUCUGGGAAUUGUUUGCCUCCUGCUCUGGGUGGGAAUUGCUGCAGGGGCAGGAGCUGGGGCCAGUUUGGAGCUGCCCUCCUGCCCUGGCUGGGGUAACCCCAUCCUACGGGUGCUCAGUGCCUGGAAUUCCAGAAUAAAACUGAACCCAGGAGCUCAAAACUCUGAAUUCUGUACAGGAACUCACCUUUGCACAGGGCCUGCACCACACAGUGAAGGCAGGCUUUGCUCCAGCCCUGUCAGGUUUCUUGCCCAGGAGCUUGGGAAUGUUUGCAGGGUUUUUUGGGAAGUCAGGAAGGAGCAUGGCCUGGAACUGAUCCCUGGAACUCCUCCCAGUGCCAGGAGCUUGUGCCUGGACUUGGAACUUGAACUGCAAGCCAGGCUGGGAGAGCUGGGGGUGCUCACCUGGGGAGGAGAAGCUCCAGGGAGAGUGACACAACCCUGGAGUAACUCCCAGGAAAUGCUUUUUAAUAGUUUGUGUGAAAAUAUUUACCACCACACUCCCUGAGCCCAGUCCAGUGCAGGGUUUAUUCAGGAAUACACACACACACAUUCCCAGGGGGUUUUAACUUUAUUUCUUUUUGGGAGCUGUGCUUCCCCCUGUGUUCCCAGCCCCAGUGUGGGUGGUUAAAGCAGACCUGCUGCUGAGCUGGCAAUUCCUCCAGGAGUCAGGUUUUCCUGGAGCUCCCUUGGCAGCAGCCUGUGCAGUCCCAAGGGAUUAGAUCUGUUCUGCCAGGGAACACCUGAUGGAGCUUCUGGCAUUGCUGGCCUGGGCUGUUCCUGGAAAGGCUGGAACAGUGGCACCUCAGCUCUGCCAGGGGCCUCCAACCAGGCACCUUCAAAAAUCCCACAUUUUUUUAAACAAUUUGUAUCAAACCUAGGG